UCGUGAGAUAAAAAAUGUCAAAAACGCACGUAACAACAUUGCCGGCAGAAAAGAGCAGUGCAAAAUAAUUACACAAAUUGUUUAAAUGUGUGUAAAUAUAUAGUGUCGUGUGAAAAAAGAAUACCCCGACAUGUCGAAACUGUUGCUAAAAAUCUCCAGCCGAAGUUUCGGUGAGCUGUGUGGGAGUGCCGGACUGUUCAGCGCCCGAGCAAAUAGUGUUUGCAAUCCGGCUGGCCGGUGGAGCAAACAUACUGGUUCCAUACUGACCCGACUACAGCAUACAAACCGCCAGUCCGAUCCGAUGAAGGGCAAGGGUCCCAUUACGUGGAAAAGCUUUGCAUUUAUUGCCACCGCCGGUAUCGGUGUGCUCGGGUUCAUGUGGUACGUGAAGGACGAGAAGGAGCAGGCGCUGCUGCGGGAGCGGAAACGACAGCUCGGCAAGGCGGCCAUCGGUGGCAAGUGGGAUCUGGUUGACUCGGACGGCAAUCCGCGCAAAUCGGCCGACUUCCUCGGCAAGUGGUUGCUCAUCUACUUCGGCUUCACGCACUGUCCCGACAUCUGCCCGGACGAGCUGGAGAAGAUGGCGGCGGUGGUGGACAAUCUGGAGAAGGAGAAGGACGCCGACCCGGUGCAACCGAUCUUCAUUACCGUCGAUCCGCAGCGCGACAGCAAAGAGAUAGUGGGCAAGUACGUGAAGGAGUUUUCGCCCAAGCUGCUCGGCCUCACCGGCACGGUGGAGCAGGUGGCGCAGGUAUGUCGUGCAUUCCGUGUGUACUUUAGUGCCGGACCGAAGGAUGAGGACAACGAUUACAUCGUCGAUCACACGAUCAUCAUGUACUUGAUCGAUCCGAACGGUGAGUUCGUGGAUUACUAUGGCCAGAACCGUGACAAGGAAUCGAUAAAGAACUCCAUCCUGAUCAACAUGGCAAAGUUUAAGCAGACGCACAAAUCGGCCUGGUGGUAGAGGCGGGUUGGGGUGAUGUAGCUUUGUAUUUGUGUGUAUGCAUGGAAGGAUGGAUGGAUGGCUUGUAUCAAUUAAAGUAUAGUAGCGUGCCAGUGGCAAUGCAGCAUAUUUGUUAAGUUGAUUAAAAACUCGGCAGCAUUUCGUCGUAAUGAUAAA